AUGGGCAGCAGCCAGUCGAUACCAAAAGGUGAUCCUCUGAGGAUUGUGAUGAUUGGGAAAACUGGUGUUGGGAAGAGUGCAGUUGGCAACAAUAUUGUGGGAAAAGACUUUUUUAAGUCUGAAGUGAGUUCAGAGUCAGUGACAGAGACCUGCCAAGCAGAACGAGUUCGCCAUUGCAAAAGAAAUAUCCAUGUGGUUGAUACUCCGGGCAUUCUGGAUACGUCUAAAAGUGCAGACAUCAUAAAGAAAGAGAUCGCCAAAUGCAUCCACAUGUGCUCUCCAGGCCCUCACGUCUUCCUGCUGGUCCUUCAGAUUGGCAGAUUUACCAAAGAAGAAGAAAACUGUGUGGAAGCGCUGCAGAGACUCUUUGGACCUGAGGCAUCAAACUACAUGAUCGUCCUGUUCACUCAUGGUGACAAACUGAAGAAGAUGACCAUGCAAGAGUAUUUGGAAGAUAGCAAUAAGAAACUCCAAGAGCUGCUGACCAGGUGCGGUAAAAGGCAUCAUGUCUUUAACAACAAAGAUAAGAACAGAGCUCAAGUGGUUCAGCUGAUCAAGAAGAUUGAUGAGAUGGUGGCAGCAAAUGGAAGCUCCCACUACACCGAUGAAAUGUUCGAGAAGGCGGAGAAGAUUCUGCAGCCUGAAAAGACAGCAGAAAAGCUGCUGAGCCACCGUUCCUUCAUGGAAGAGCUGCGGCAGAGAGCCAUCCAGUUUCAGCAAAGGCUGGCUUAUUCAGAGGACUAG